GUAGUUGUUUGACUUGUUUCCACCCACUUCAUAGCCUUCCCGCCCUUCUGCCGCCGGAGAGCCACUCCGACGACCGAGAGAUGGACGGUGACUGAUCGGAAAACGUGCAUCGAUAAUGGCUGGAGAAGUAGAAGAAUGGAUACGAGGAGAUGAAACUGCAUUGAAAAUGCUAACGAGGGUUCAAAGGGAGCGACCUCUGUUACUCUUACCCCCACUUCACAAAGUUCCUCUCCGUCUCGGAAACAUAGUUGAAAUCGCCGGCCCAUCUCCUUCUUCCAAAACCCAGAUUCUCUUACAGGCUGCUAUCAAUUGUAUACUUCCUAAGGAAUGGAAAGGUGUUAGCUAUGGUGGGUUAGGUCAUCUUGUGAUCUUCUUUGAUUUGGACUGUCGUUUUGAUGUUUUACGUUUGUCACAAUUGUUGAAGUAUCAAAUUAUGAAAGCAAAUGGGUUGAGAAAUGUUAAAGAAGAAGAUCCCAUUUCAAGCUCCAAGAUGAAUGAUAAAGAAUUGUUUGAUUCAUGCAUGAGAAGGUUUUUGUAUAUGCGUUGUUACAGUAGUUCAGAAUUCCUUGCUUCUCUUAAGACAGUGCAAUAUCAAGUUCAGAAGGAAAGAGAUAAACAUGGUCAUGAUGUUAAGUUUCUUAUGAUUGAUAGUAUUGGUGCUUUUUAUUGGAUAGAUCGAGCUUCAACAUCUUUGCCGGUAAUAGACAUUAACAGGAAACGUCGUUCUCUUCAAACUGUUUCUGAAAGUAUAGUUCAGGAGAUAAGGAAACUUCUUGUUGUUAAUCCCAUGCUUGUUUUGGCUACAAAGACAACUAGUUUAGGAUACCGAGAAACAAUGCCUUCAAUUUGGCAGUCUUUUGUCACACACCGAGUAUUUGUUCGAGAUUCAGAUCAUGUUAGCAAUAGUAGAAACUGCAGAUCGUAUCGUUUGGAAUGGUUGUUGCCUGCAGUAAGCAGCUCAACAGUAGAGUUUUUAGUUACAGAUGCUGGUAUUGUAGUUAUUUCAUGAAUAUUAUAAAUAGAAAUCUGCUUUCAGUCUUUAUGAGGAGAAGAAGAUGAAGGUACUGUGCCAAACUUUGCAUUUUUAUUCUAGAGGAAUACAAUUGGAUUGGAAUUAUGUGGUAAAUUACAAUUAAAAAUUGCAUCCGUAGCUCU